UCCGCCCCCUGCUCGCGCCGCCGCCGCGAGCGGGAGGAGGAGGAGGAGGAAGGAGGAGGGAGAGAAGAAGGGAGGGAGGCAGGUCCGGCGGCCCUCUCGGGUACCCCCAGCGGCGAGGGAAAGAUGGCGACACUGGGAGGCGAGUCGCAGCCCUUCCCCUCUGCUGCUCUGGCGGCGGCGGCCGGGGUGGGCGGCGGCGGCGGCGGCAGCGGGGCGCUGGGUCUGCAGGCGCCGCUGAACCGCGGUCUGGAGCGGGCGCUGGAGGAGGCGGCGCACUCCGGGGGGCUCAACCUGAGCGGCAGGAAGCUGAAGGAGUUCCCGCGCAGCGCCGCCACCCUCAGCCACGACCUCUCCGACACGGUGCGGGCAGAUUUAUCCAAGAAUAGGUUAACUGAAGUUCCUACGGAGUUGUGCCAUUUUGUGUCUCUGGAAACACUAAAUCUAUACCACAAUUGUAUCAAAGUUAUACCAGAUGCCAUAAUAAACUUGCAAAUGCUGACUUACUUAAAUUUGAGUCGAAAUCAGCUUUCUUCUUUGCCAGCUUGCCUGUGUGGUCUUCCUCUAAAAGUCUUAAUUGCAAGUAACAAUAAGCUAGGUUCCCUUCCAGAAGAGAUAGGUCAGCUAAAACAGUUAAUGGAAUUGGAUGUCAGCUGUAAUGAAAUCACAGCUUUACCACAGCAAAUAGGCCAGUUGAAAUCCUUAAGAGAACUGAAUGUCAGAAGAAAUUACCUCGAAGUUUUACCCCAAGAACUAGUACAGCUUCCCUUGGUAAAGUUUGACUUUUCCUGCAAUAAAGUGCUUGUGAUUCCAAUUUGUUUUAGAAAGAUGGUGCAGUUACAAGUAUUACUGCUUGAGAAUAAUCCUUUACAAUCUCCACCAGCACAAAUUUGUACAAAGGGUAAGGUGCAUAUAUUCAAAUAUCUGACUGUACAAGCCUGUCAGAUUAAAACAGCAGACUCGCUGUAUCUUAAUGCCAUAGAACCACAGCAUUUGCCACAACCUGUGGAGGAGAGCAUUGAUGACAUCUACCCAAGUAAAAAAGACUCAGAUUCAGGUGUUGGUAGUGACAAUGGUGAUAAACGUUUGUCAGCAACAGAGCCAUCUGAUGAAGAUACUAUCAGCUUUAAUGUUCCAAUGUCGGACAUUGUGGAAGAAGAUCAUAUUAUAAAGGAUGAUUCAGGUCACCAUGCUAACUCAAGAAAAGUGGAAUUCCAUCAAGGAUCUUCACGUGCGUUUGUCAAUGAUAAGUCACGAGAACCAGGAAACCAGUUUGAUGAAUCGGAUACUCUUACUUCUGAAUUUAUGAGCUACAUUAAGAGCAGAGCAGCGGAGUGUGAUGAAUUAUUGAGAAUAGAAGAGGACACGCAAUGGCAAGCAGACGAAAUAAUAAGUUUAUCAGAAGAACAAACUAUUGAUAUAGCAAUGAUAGAACAACUAAGAGAAGCAGUAGAUUUAUUACAAGAUUCCAACAGUGGUCAAAUGCAGAUGGACAUGGCUUCUUUUGGUCAGACAGAAGAGUUAUUUACCUUACAGAGAGAAAAUGCUGAAGAGGAACUGGAAUUCCAGAGGAGGAGGGAGUUGAUUAUGGAGAAAGCAAAGCCUGAAGCGAGAACAUGUGAACAGGGUGAAAAAUGGUCACUGAGCCAGAAUGAUCUAAUUGUUUGGAACUCAAGUGGGCAAGCCUCUCACAAUGAGAAUAAGGAUAAAAGCCCGACAAUGUCUCCUACUGCAAACACCACAAUCCCUUUUGGCCUGAAGCCACGAUCAGUGUUCUUAAGACCACAAAGAAACUUGGAAUCAAUAGAUCCACAGUUCACAAUUCGAAGGAAAAUGGAGCAGAUGAGAGAAGAGAGAGAGCUUGUGGAGCAGCUACGUGAGAACAUAGAAACAAGACUAAAGAUUUGUUUGCCAGAAGACCUGGGCUCGGCUCUGAUGGAUGGUGUCGUUCUGUGCCAUUUAGUAAAUCACGUUCGCCCUCGGUCUGUCGGGAGUAUUCAUGUACCCUCACCAGCAGUACCUAAACUUAGCAUGGCCAAAUGCAGGAGAAACGUGGAAAACUUUCUGGAUGCAUGUAGAAAACUGGGGAUACCAGAGGAGAAGCUCUGCCUACCACAUCACAUCCUAGAAGAAAAGGGCUUGGUAAAAGUGAGCAUAACAGUUCAAGCAUUGCUAGAUGUAACCACAGUGAAACAAGCUUUAUUCACAUGAAACUACUCUCUCUGCUGUUACCAGCUACACUGUGCCAUGAAAGAAUCAAAAAACUGCCCGUUUUUUCAAACUGCAUUGAAAACAAACCCAGUACUCCAAGAGUAUUCUUACAAUUUUAAACCCAUGUUUCAGACUGUACGUGUGUGUCGAACUACAAAGCAGAAACUGAACAGAAGCAUUUUCUAGAGGAAGUUGGCGCUUCACUGCUUUUAUAGCUCACUUUGUACAGCACUUACUAAAACCACCACCUCUCUGCCACUUAAAAUCAUGUGGAGGACACAGCUGUCUUGCAGCAAGAUACCUUUGUAUUACUAAACUAAGAAUCACUGUAAUCACCUGGGGGAGGGAGAAGGGAGAGUAAAUCAGACUGCUACCACCUUAGGUUUUUCUGCAGUUGCUUCAGGCUAUUGCCUUUUAAAAAUAUCCAGACAUAAAAUAUUUAUAUAAAUAUUAUUUAUUAGUGAGUUGUUAUUCAUCCUUUGGAUGCAAAAUGUAAAUUAGGAAACUGUAUUUUAUUACUGCUUUUUUUGUGGUUAAACACUUUAUUUUAAUAUAAAUACUUAGUUAUUUUUUAUUCUACUUGGUGUGCAGUAGCUCUAGAUCUCCGUAAAUUGUAUUUUCUAAUAUGUAAGAUAAAAAGCAAACAAAAUAGGUGCUUCUAUUAAAAGAACAGCUAGCUGGAAUGGCAUUCUUUAUUUCUUGAAUCUGUGUAACAUUGGUAAAAAAUUGUCUGCAUUCCAUUGAGUUUCCUACAUUCCAGUAACACCUCUCCCCUCACUAGACUAAAUUGGCUGAAAGUGAAAGCACACCCAAUUUAUUUGUAUAUAGAUGUUUAAAAACAAAAAAACUAAAGGAAAUAUGUAAACUUGAAAAAUAAAUGUGAAAAAAUAUUUUUAAUUGCUUAUUUUACUAUGCACAAGACAUUUAACUUUUGCCACAACAAAACGAAUUAUGUGCAUUAGGAUCAUGUGUCUUGAAAUGUAAUUUUGCACUGUAACUUGAUUUCUUUUAAAGAUUACAGCACUACAGAACAAAUAGUAAAAAAUAGCACAAGAAGGUUACCAAGAUUCACCAGGUAGUCAAAAACUUAGCUUGUUUUCUUCAGUGAUUCCUUCAGGAGGAGAUAAAUUGAUUGAAAUUGCCAAAGGCAGUCUCAAAGACCUGACCUUCCAGAUCCAAACAUGCCUGGGUACAGUGCUUCUCUUUAAAAGUAUCCUCAGAAUUAAGCACAAUGUUCUGUAGUGCACAUUUGCAGCAUCAGACCUCUACUUCCACGUCAGCAAUAGGAAAUAAAAGUUCUUCUCCUUAUCGCCAUUUUACAUUUUUCAAAAAGAGAUUUUUAAAAGCAUAAUUUAUCAUUAAGACAUCAUAUGUUUCAGAUCCAAAAGUUCCAGCACAGUGAUUCUUCUGCUACCUGAAACAUCCCGUUUUCAUUCACACAAGAAGCCAGUGAUGGGAUUUGGGCAAGCAGGAUGGGGCAGCUGCAUGUGGUGAAAAGGGAAGCUGGCUGGGGACACAUAAGCAGGGAGUUUGAAAUGUAGAGUAGCAAAAAAAAAAGAGGCAAGGGGGCAGAAGGACUAAAUAUUUAAGUGAGAGGAUGUGGAGAGAACUGUUGCAUGAAGGCUUUUGGGCAGAGUUGCUGCACACUUGUCACUACCCCCUCUCGAGGCAGCUGCACACACGUUCACAGUGAAUUCUGUGAGCACUGCAUUCAGACCCAGCCCUGCUCAGCAGCAGAUCUGGUGUGCUUCAGACGCUGUCUGAACGCAGAACACACACUUCAACACCACCACUUGCUAACGGGCUGGGAGGUAGAGACAGCAACGUGUGAGGAGGAGGAGGAGGAGGAAAGUGGACUCGCAGACAAUGAGACAGACAGUAUGCAUGGAACAUCCAGUUACUUCAACCAAAGCAAAACCAUUUAUUUUUUAGAGGGAACAUUGACUUAAAUUUUAAUUUGAUUGGCAGCUAGCAUUUUGUUUCCUAUAAAUGUACUGUGCACUUUAACACUAAAUGAAAAUGUAUUUUAAUAUUUUACAGAGCUGCACAAAUAUCUGUUUUGUCAAAAAGCACGAGCAAUGUAAAAAAAAUAAGUUUUCAAGUCAGAGUUUAUUGAAUUUUAAAAGCAUUCAAGGAUCAAGUAUAAAAAUAGGAAUAUUGAUUUCUGCAUCUUAAGGGAUAAAAUGCAGGUUUCCUGAGUAUUUUUUUACAAUGUAUAUAUGGCAACAUGAAGCUUUGUAAUUAUUAUUAUUUUGACAAAUCUUGUUUUUUCAUAAUUAAAAUUUUGUUUUUCUCCUGAUAGUGUCUUUCAGUAUUUGCUUGAAGUUGGCUGUAAAUAAAUAGCUCGUAAGUAUUUUGUAAUACAGCUUUUUUUAUGCAGUCUUAACCUGUAUGGCUAAAAAGAGAAUCUUCAUGAUCCUUUGUACAAUAUUUAUAUGUGCAAUAAAACAUGCAUGGCAAAUCUGUAAUACCCUCCACAGUGAAAAUAAUGUAUAUAGAAAAUCUUUACUGUAGUUACAAUUAAACUAUAUUAUUUGCA